UAAAGUGCUUUGGAGAAAAGCAUCAGCUAAAUGAGUAAAAUGUACUGUAUUCACAGCUGUACAAAGGUCUCAAAUGAAUAUGAUACAGUAAUCAUUGUAUGUUACUUUGGAGCAAAAGCUGUGAUAAACUGAAUUUCAAGAAGCCCUGUUGUGUGUCAUUGAACUUAACCAUUUUUUGCCAGAUUCAUCAGCUCUUUGGUCCACCCCCCUCUCUCUCUCUGUGCGUGUGUGUGUGUGUCGGGGGAGUUUCCCACACUUGAAUAAAUUCCCGGCUCUUUCUACAACCAUCUUCUCAGAGCCUAAAUGACCAUGAAUUUCUGGCUGUCUUUUUCCCUUUUUGCCUGUGUGGCUACUCCAGCUACGUCCAAAGGACGAAGGUGUGAGUUCUUAGCCCGACCCAGCGAGGUCCCGAAGGUGCGACGAGCAGGCCAUGUGAACGGAACGGUACAGCUCUGUGCUUACACUGACUGCUGCAUGGGCUUUUUCAAGUUGGACGGUGGACAACCCAGGCCAGACCUGCUCGGAUGUGGUAUGAUGAACGUGCAGUGCCCAGAGCCAUCCUGUUCUGCCUCAAAGCACAUGGACAACUACACCAAGUGUGUGUGCAGCUCGGAUUUAUGCAAUGCCAACAUGACAUGGAUGCCACAAAGCGAAGAGUCACAACGCUCAUCCUCUCUGGAUCUCUGGAGGCUCGGCAUGGCAGCCAUAGCCUUGGGGACUUUGCUUUUGGUGGCAGUGCUUUAUGUAGCAGCUCAAUGGAGACAACUUUUCAAAGACCCCAAGAAGAAGCCUUCUUCACAUGGAAAGUCAAUGACAUCACCGUGCUCAUGUGACCGAAUAGAAACGUCUGACCUUGACCUCACUAAUCUGGAAAUACAAGAGCUGCUGGGCCAAGGGAGCUUUGCCUCUGUGUGGCAGGCCUGCUUGGACGGGACUCCGGUGGCAGUGAAAGCCUUCCCUGCUGCACACGCACAAAAAUUCAUACAUGAGAGAAAGGUCUUCGAACUGCCCCUCAUGGAGCACUCCAGCCUGGUGCAGUACUUAGGGGCAGGAAGGGAGCUGAGAGGAGGAGAAAGGGUACUAGUGCUGGAGCUGGCUGAACAUGGUUCUUUGAAAAACUUUCUGUCCUUGCACACCAGUGACUGGAGAUCGUCUUUGAAACUGGCCCAGUUUUUAACCCAGGGACUGGCCUUUCUUCAUUCCGACUUGUACAGAAAUGGUGUACACAAGCCACCUGUUGCUCACUGUGACCUGAGCAGCAGCAAUGUGCUGGUUCGAUCAGACGGCUCCUGUGCGCUAUGUGAUUUUGGGUGCUCCACUGUUCUGCGCUCAUGUUCUGAACAACCCAGGUGGCAUAAACCUCAAGAAACGGCUCAGUCACGGGCUCACGUAGGAACCCUGCGCUACAUGUCCCCGGAGAUCCUGGAGGGUUAUGUGAACUUGCAAAGUGGCAGAGGCCUCAUGCAAGGAGAUGUGUACAGCCUGGGCCUGCUACUUUGGGAGCUCUGGAGACGAUGCUCAGACCUCUACAGAGGAAGCCCUGUGCCAGAGCAUCAUUUGCCAUAUGAAGCAGAGCUGGGCCCCAAUCCCUCACUCAAUGACCUCCUGCUCUUUGUGUCUGAAAAGAGAGAGCGCCCCCUGUUGCCCAAGGAGUGGGAACGAUUCUCCCAGGUAUUCUCUGAUAUGAAGGACACUCUGGAAGACUGCUGGGAUCACGAUCCAGAGGCUCGUUUGACGGCACAGUGCGCUGCUGAUAGAAUAACUGCCCUUUCACUAAAUUGUCUUCAGUGACUUAUAUCUUGUGGCACAUAUGAGUACAUGUGAGUACUUUAGCUAUCAGUACCUUUCAAUGGAAACAUAUAUGAGUGAAAAAUCUAUUUUCUCCAGUCACUUUUUUUUUCCACCGGAUUCCUAUAUGAUGAGAUCCUGGAAUUCUUGAGUCUCGGCAAGUCCUUAUGUAUCUUAGCUUUAUGUUUAAUUUGAGAAAAAAAAAACAGUAAUUUUUAUAACUAACUUGAAAUGUACUGUGUUUUAUACAGUAUAACGUUUUUAAAAGUAACGUACAGUAACUGCACUGGUGAUGUCCAGGAUAGACUCUGGACAACCACAACCCUAGAUAGGACAAGCAGGUGGUGAAAAUGGGGGGACAAAUGCUUUUUGUUUACGGUAAAACCCUUAAAGUGAAAAGCAUUUUAAAGGAACACUUUUCAAAGGAGGCACUCUUACCAGUUUCACCGAAUGCCUAUUACACACAAUUUGUAACUUUAAAAAAAGUUCCCAUUGAUAUGAAAACUACAUGAGUCCAAAACACUACAUUUGCAUUCCUCUAAAUCAGUGUUAGCAACAAUAUAUAAUAUUACAUCAAAUCAAGUUACAGCACACAAUUGUGUCAUUAUACAGUAACAAUAUAUUCUCUGAAUUUGUUUUUACUCGUUUUUGUCACAGUUUAGUCAUUGAAAAUUAUUCAGUUUUGUCUCCAGGUUGAAGGAAGACAACCAAGCAAAUGCAUCCCUUGUGAACACUUUAACUGUAUUGAUUUGGACAUAUUCUUACAUGUACGUCUGUCUAUUUGGUACUAUAUACUGAACACCUGGACAUUUGUAGUGGAAAAGCACAGGAGAUGACUCUUGUUUGCCUCUUAACUUGAGCUAUUAGGUAUUUUUAUUUUAUGAAUUUUUACCUCAGCACUGGCUAUAUUUAUACAAACUUUGUAUAAUAAAAAUCAUGUAUGCUGAACCACUGAAA